AGUCGUCAACUUUGCAGGAGCUCAAAAUUUGUUGUUCUUUUAUAUUUCUGAAUAUCUUUGGCUCACCAUUUUAAACAAAAGAUUGAAUCUUUGUGGCCGUUUUGCCACUUUUAGCUAGUGUUUGAACUAUUCCUCAGCCCCUAGUAGAUUAAAGUAACUAGAAAUUUGAUAAUUUCCCACUUGAAAUCCUCGUGUGUUUGCAAUGGUAGAAUCUAGAAAUGAGUUUAAUUUCUGGGAUUCUUGACUUUCAAGUUUGCUGCUGUAAAUUAUAGCAAUAGGAAAUCGAGCCGUCUUUUUGCUGUCCUUGAGGCUUGAGCUAACUGAAAAUGCUUUACAUUCUUUAAAUUACUGGGGAUUAUGUAUCUUGCAAACUUUUAUGAAACUAAAGUUAACUGAAGAUGAGGUUGAAGGAUUGUUCAGCUGUAGUUGUGGGGCUGUAUGCUAAACUAUUGUGACUCUUACUACUAAUUAAAUUACUAGUAUUGAAACCUCUGUUAAGUUCCAGAAGCAUUGAAGUCAUCUUUAUGCAGCCCAAAAAAUGGGAAAAAAAUCCUGCCUGCCUUAUGAUUGCUGCGCAUGAUGAAUGCUUGAACUAAAUAUGAGAAUAUGAAGAGCGAAGAUUGAGUUUGGCAGGCAUGAGCAUAUUCCACGGAAGGAUCAUGAGAAAAUUGUUGAUUUGUGCUAUUAGUUCUGAAACUUAUACUAGGACAUGGGAUGAAUCUGGCGGAUCAGUUUUUUAGUUUCGGUGCUGCAUCCAAGUCAAUCAACCUUACAGUCGUUUCUUGGUUAGCUGUUACUGUGUAGCAUGAGAAACAGGUCUCAGAUGGAGAGAAUGUGUACUGUCAGAAACCAGAGAUUGUUUUAUGUGGUUGGCAUUAUUACCAUCCUUAUAAUUCUUUCUCAGAUUUUGGUAGUUCCGUAUCAAAACUACAUCUCAGUUCCAUCACAUGCAAAUAUCAGCUUGAUUUUUAGCAAAACCAUCCUUUCAAAUGUUUCGCAACAGACCAAUGCAGAUGUUUUUAAUGGUAAGGCCAAUGACAACAGUGCUUCUGGUUGGGAUGAAGAUGCUCUCAUUGUGCAAGAAGAAGAAGGAUCGCAUCAAGGCCACAAUAUUUCAACGGAGGUGGGAGGACAGACAGGUGAUUACUUGGAGAAGGAGAGACAGUUACCAACUCAGUUCACAUCUGGCCGGGGAUCAACAUCUGAUAAAAUUGCAAAAAUGAUGUACUUAAAUGAACCAGAGGACAAUCCUAUACUAGAGGGCCUAGAAACUGGACUUGAGUUCACAGAGCACGUAAAGAAAUUAAAAGAUGAUGUUUCCGAAAGCCUUGCCCCAGGUGAAAUUGCAAAUUUGACAAAAGGAUCAAUCAGAAGUGUAGUCAAUUUUAUGUCUCCAAUGGCCUUGACUACUGGAUUGGAGUCUGUUGCUGAUGCUUCAGAUGCUGCAGUACCAUACCCUGCUGUCAACAUUUCUGUAGUACACACUGACAAGAAAGAUCUUGACUUGGAAUCCCACAAACAAGGUGAUAGCUUACUACAAGCUGGUUCACUUUCACCAAAAGAUAGCUCGGGAAUGUUUGGCAAACCUUUCAUAAAGAAGAAUAAUAGAAGGACAAAAUCCAUAUCUGACAUGACUAUCUUGUUGCAUCUUGGCUCUCCACCUGCAAAUUUACCGAGACCAAAAUGGUUUUCUGCUCGUGACAAGGAGCUUCAAAAUGCAAGGCGUCAGAUUGAAAAUGCUCCUGUAAUAAGAAAUGCUCCUAGAGCUUAUGCUUAUCUUUUCCGCAAUUAUUCCAUGUUUGUAAGAAGUUAUGAAUUGAUGGAGCGUGUGCUCAGAGUGUAUAUUUAUAAGGAAGGGGACAAACCGGUAUUUCAUCAACCACAUCUCAGGGGAAUUUAUGCUUCUGAAGGAUGGUUCAUGAAACUGAUGGAGGGUAAUAGGCAAUUUGUCGUUCGGGAUCCCAGAAAAGCACACUUAUUUUAUUUACCAUUUAGUUCUCGAAGGCUGCGGAGUGUUCUGUAUCAACAGAACUUCACAAGUCAUAGGGAUUUAGAGAAUCAUCUGAAGAACUACGUGCAUGUUAUAGCUAGUAAGUACCGCUUCUGGAACAGAACCAAAGGAGCAGAUCAUUUUCUAGUUGCUUGCCAUGAUUGGGGCCCAGGUUUCACAAGGAAUAGUAUGGGAAGUUGCAUUAGAGCCCUCUGCAAUUCCAACAUUGCUAGAGGUUUUGAAAUAGGGAAGGAUGUGUCUCUGCCGGUUACCUACAUUCUUUCAGCAGAGAACCCUCUAAAAGACCUUGGAGGGAACCAGCCUUCGGAGAGGCCUACUUUAGCCUUCUUUGCGGGGGGCAUGCACGGUUAUCUUCGUCCUAUCUUGCUACAGUACUGGAAGGACAAAGAGCCAGAUAUGAAGAUUUUUGGGCCAAUGCCUCGUGAUCCCGACGGCAAACAAAGAUAUAGAGAGUUCAUGAAAAGCAGCAAAUAUUGCAUUUGCGCUCGGGGCUACGAGGUGCACACCCCGCGGGUUAUAGAAUCCAUAUAUUAUGAAUGUAUUCCUGUAAUCAUAUCAGAUAACUACGUGCCUCCCUUCUUUGAGAUUUUGGAUUGGGAAUCAUUUGCCGUCUUUGUAUUAGAGCAAGAUAUCCCAAACUUGAGGAACGUACUUCUCUCGAUUCCUGAAAAGAAGUAUAUAGAGAUGCAGAAUCGAUUAAAGAUGGUGCAACGGCAUUUUCUCUGGCACAAAGUUCCUGUGAAGUAUGACUUAUUUUACAUGAUCCUUCACUCCAUCUGGUACAACAGAGUUUUCCAGGUAAAAUCUUGAUCUUGAUGAGGAAGUCCAGAUUACUGGAAAAAGGUUUCAGCUGUGGAAAACAUCACAGGGACGAAGCUAGUGAUGCAAUCCGUGAUUAACAAGAAUUUUAAAAUUAGCUGAAGAUCCACCCAGGAUGACAUAAUCUUGAAGAAAAGCACUAUUGCGAAAACCAUGAUGACAUUAUUAUUAUUUUCUUGUAUAGUAGGUGGUGGAUUAGUUGUUUCGUUUUGGCUCCAUGGAACUUGUCAUUAUUGUUUUUGUAUAUUGACAUUUUUGUGUUACUUUCAGCAGAUAAAAAUUCGUCACAGAUUUGGCCCCUUUUCUGCCGCCCUGCCCGUGGGUACUUGGGCGUUUGAACUUGUAAUUGAUCUUUCAAUUAUUUAGUUACCCUUUA